GCCAUGGGCCGUCCGUGCACACUGGCCCUCGCCGUGGUCUCGGCCCUACUGUGCCAGGUCUGGAGCUCAGGGGUUUUCGAGCUGAAGCUGCAGGAGUUCGUCAACAAGAAGGGGCCUCUGGGGAACCGCAAUUGCUGCCGCAGCGCGGCGGGGGGCGCGGGGCCACCGCAAUGCGAGUGCAGGACCUUCUUCCGCGUGUGCCUCAAGCAUUAUCAGGCCAGUGUGUCCCCGGAGCCGCCCUGCACCUACGGCAGCGCCGUCACGCCCGUGCUGGGCGUUGACUCCUUCAGCCUGCCUGACGGCGCGGGUGGCGGCCACGCGGCCUUCAGCAAUCCCAUCCGCUUCCCCUUCGGCUUCACCUGGCCGGGCACCUUCUCUCUGAUCAUUGAAGCUCUCCACACGGAUUCUCCGGAUGACCUCACAACAGGUAAACAAAUUCCAGAAAAACUCCAGGACUUUGCACCUUUGUCAUUUGGUGCUCCAGAAGCAAACCCUCUCAUUCUGCACGUCCAUUCAGAAAGUUUAGGACGGAAGAGCGCGUUCCCCAGCGUCUCUGGUCUCCUGGUGAUGACCCCGCGCCCCACCCUGCUGCCCCUCACCUCCAUUUCCCACCCCACAGAAAACCCGGAGCGGCUCAUCAGCCGCCUGGCCACGCAGCGGCACCUGACGGUGGGCGAGGAGUGGUCCCAGGACCUGCACAGCAGCGGCCGCACGGACCUCAAGUACGCCUACCGCUUCGUGUGUGACGAGCACUACUACGGGGAGGGCUGUUCUGUCUUCUGCCGCCCCCGGGACGACGCGUUCGGCCACUUCACCUGCGGGGAGAGAGGAGAGAAAGUCUGCAACCCCGGCUGGAAGGGCCAGUACUGCACCGAGCCAAUCUGCCUGCCUGGGUGUGACGAGCAGCAUGGCUUCUGCGACCGGCCAGGGGAGUGCAAGUGCAGGGUCGGCUGGCAGGGUCGGUACUGUGACCAGUGCAUUCGGUACCCUGGCUGCCUCCACGGCACCUGCCAGCAGCCGUGGCAAUGCAAUUGCCAGGAGGGCUGGGGUGGCCUCUUCUGCAACCAGGAUCUGAACUACUGCACCCACCACAAGCCCUGUGAGAACGGAGCCACCUGCACCAACACGGGCCAGGGCAGCUACACCUGCUCCUGCCGGCCCGGGUACACGGGCGCCAACUGUGAGAGCGAGAUCGAUGAGUGCGAUGCUGGCCCGUGUAAGAACGGAGGAAGCUGCACGGAUCUUGAAAACAGCUACUCAUGCACCUGCCCACCUGGCUUCUACGGCAAGCACUGUGAGCUGAGUGCAAUGACCUGUGCUGACGGCCCUUGUUUCAAUGGGGGGCGGUGCUCAGACAACCCUGAUGGGGGUUACACCUGCCACUGCCCGGUGGGCUACUCUGGCUUUAACUGCGAGAAGAAGAUCGACUACUGCAGCUCUUCACCUUGCUCCAAUGGGGCGCAGUGUGUGGACCUGGGCAGCUCCUACCUGUGCCGGUGCCCGGCUGGCUUCUCGGGGCAGCACUGCGACGGCAACGUGGACGACUGUGCGUCCCUACCCUGUGUCAACGGCGGCACCUGUCAGGACGGUGUCAACGACUACUCCUGCACCUGCCCCCCAGGGUACACGGGCAAGAACUGCAGUGCCCCGGUCAGCAGGUGCGAGCACGGGCCCUGCCACAAUGGGGCCACCUGCCACGAGAGGGGCCGGCGCUAUGUCUGUGAGUGCGCUCGUGGCUACGGCGGCCCUAACUGCCAGUUCCUGCUGCCCGAGCCGGGGCCUGUGGUGGUGGACCUCACUGAGCGCUACCUGGAGGCCCCGGGUGGGCAGUUCCCAUGGAUUGCCGUCUGUGCCGGUGUUGUGCUGGUGCUGCUGCUGUUGCUGGGCUGUGCGGCCGUGGGCGUCUGCGUGCGGCUGAAGGUACAGAAGCGGCAGCUGCUGGGGGAUGCGUGCCGGGCAGAGGCGGAGACCAUGAACAACCUGGCCAGCUGCCAUCGUGAGAAGGACGUGUCGGUCAGUGUCAUCGGGUCCCCCCAAGUCAAGAACACCAACAAGAAGGCGGAUGUGCACGGUGACCAUGGCACCGACAAGGGUGGCUUCAAGGCCCGCUACCCUGCUGUGGACUACAACCUGGUGCAGGACCUCAAGAAUGAGGACCCUGCCAGGGAUACCCACAGCAAGCGUGAGGCCAGGCCCGAGCCCCACAGCUGCAUGGGCAUGGAGAAGGGACCUGCAACGCUGAAGGGUGGGGAAGCAUCAGAACGGAAAAGGCCGGAUUCCACGUACUCCUUGUCGAAAGACACCAAGUACCAGUCGGUGUACGUCGUCUCAGAGAAGGAUGAGUGUGUCAUUGCUACUGAGGUGUAAAAUGGAAGCGAUAUGGCAAAUCCCCGUUUCUCUUAAAAUACAUAGAAUUCCAAGGAUAUGUGCCCCAACGGAUGCUGCUGUAAGAGGAGAGGGAGG